AUGAAGACGUUUGCAGCCAUCGUCUCCUCAACGCUGGCAGAAGUGCAGCUGUCCCCACUGCUGCGUGUGCCUGAAGCAGAGGCACCAGGGGACAAGAGCAGUGUCGGUACAGACAGCGCACAUGCACGCGGCAGCGAAAAGCAACAGCAGUCGGACGCUGAUGACGCUGCACACGACAUCAUGGCACUCCUGUUGAGAUAUGGAUCGGCAACCCAACCAUUGGCAUCACCAUCAGCAUCAAAACCACCAGCACAAUCAGCACAAUCAGCACAAUCAGCACCAGCGUCUGUGCAGGUUGAGGCCCUGCAAGCGUUGACGGCGCUCGUGUGUCGCCACCCGCGCGGCCUGACCCAUCUCUGGCCACGGCUCUCGCACUUGCUGCUGCAGCUGGCAGGCACAACGGCAGCACACGCGGGCGAUGAUGGUGAUGAUGGUGAUGAUGGUGAUGGCGAAGUGGCAUCGGUGCCGAAGAAGCAGCAGGUGCAGCCUCAGCAAGUGGUUUCGUCACAGGAUGAGGGAUUGAAUGCGGUUGUGGUCCCACGCAUGCUGAAGCUGGUGGAGGAGUUGGGACGAUUUCUGCAGACGGCGCCACAACUACAGCACAGCGCGGUUGUCUUCUGGGAGGCAUUCACGGAGAGCGCCCUGCAGGAGUGUAUUGAGAGCGACGUGCCGUUUGUGCGGUCAUGUGCGUGCGACUGCUUGGCCAGCAUCGGCAGCAGCGUGUUUGCCCGGCUUCAGGCGUGGAAGCAGCGCCACUACCAAGUGCUUCUGCUCGGGCUGAGCCGGGACCAGGCACCGCCAGUGAAGGCUGCGGCAGGGCGCGCACUCGGAUCAAUGGUGGCAUAUCCGCACCUUCAGCAGGAUGCCAUCUUCAUGUCGGAUAUGGUGGACGCGCUCGUUGGCGCAGCGCAGGACGACAACAUCACUGUUCGCGUCCGCGCCAGCUGGGCCCUCGGCAACUACUGCAAUGCGCUGGGUGCACUGCGCUCCCUCGGACAGCUCGUCCUGAACCGAAUCGUCAAUGCAGAGCAGUUGCAUCGCCUUCUGGACCUUUCUCUCGCCCUCUGCGAAGACAAGGACAAGAUUCGGGCAAAUGCGCUCCGGGCUGUCGGCGAACUGGCCCGCAUCCUUCCCACAGAUGAUCGCUUGUUCUUUGAGAAGUGCGUCACUGCCAUCGUCAACAACACCCACCGCCGCCCACCGAAGGUGCAAUGGAACGCGUGUCACGCUGCACGCAACGUUCUGCGCAACCGGGAGCUCAAAGCCAUCACCCCUGAGGCUGUGAUAAACCUGGUGGACACGCUGCUUGGGACCAUCGAGCACAACUCCAACUAUAAGGUGCGCAUUGGCGCUGCCGGUGCCCUGCGCUCGCUCGAUCGCUCGGACUGGACCAACCAGCACGCCUUUGCCGCCGCACUCGAGACCCUGUUGGCCACGCUGACACCGACUGGGCAGGCAAAGGACUUCAACGAGUACAGAUAUCGCGAAACGCUGCACAAGGAGGUUGCGCUGACGGUACAUGAGUUGUUGCUGUCGUCGCCACCUGAGACCCUGAAGGCGGCAUCACAAGUCCUUCACGACCAGUCGUCACAACUCUCCAUCAUGUUUGGCAUUCUGCGCCGCGAGCAGCAGAUGCAGCACGGCUCCCGCCCUGCCAGCAGAGAGGCGCCCAGUGCAGACAACACAAGCGACGGCGCGCGCAGCCACGACGAGCACCAGCACCAGCACCAGCAGGCUCGUGGAGGCGACGAUGACGGUCCUGAACAGUCUGAGGGCGGCAGCGGCGCUGAUAUCGCCAUUGAUGUUGAGGCGUUGGAAGCAAAGCUGGCUGGGAUCGUGGACGUGCCGGUGCAUGGAACGCGAGUGGCAAUGGCGCACGAACAGCAGAAGCAGAACGGUACAGCGAUGGAGGAAAGCGAGACGAAUGACGAGGACUAG